UUUACUAAAGUAAUUGCAUUUCCAUGUUGUGUGUACUGUGGGAGAGCAGAUAUAGUGAAUGCAGGGUCCAGGGAGAGCAGAUAUAGUGAAUGCAGGGUCCGGGGAGACCGGAUAUAGUGAAUGCAGGGUCCGGGGAGACCGGAUAUAGUAAAUGCAGGGUCCGGGGGAGAGAGCUGAUAUAGUGAAUGCAGGGUCCGGGGAGACCAGAUAUAGUGAAUGCAGGGGUCCGGGGAGAGCGGAUAUAGUGAAUGCAGGGUCCGGGGAGAGCGGAUAUAGUGAAUGCAGGGUCCGGGGAGAGCGGAUAUAGUGAAUGCAGGGUCCGGGGAGAGCG